AUGGCUGCUACUCUUCUCCCUGACCUUGCCAACGUGCAAGGUGACAUCCUCCUCAGGGGUUUGCCGAAAGAGACGGAGACUUUCGCAUUCUUCACCAUUACCAAUGGAACAAAGUUUUGCAAACUCCUCCGUACCGUCGCCACGGAAGAGAUCUCUCAUACGCAAAACACCCUUGAUACUCGCAAGCAGAUCAAAGACUUCAAGGCCAAUGCCGGGGCUGCUGGGCCCACAACGAAGCUUCCUACUGUAGGAGCCAACAUCUCGUUUUCGGCAAAGGGCCUACAGAAGAUUGCUCAAGCCACUGGCACGGAUCUCAAGACUGGAGAUGCCGACUUCGAGGCUGGAAUGAAGAGCAGCGCAGUUGGUACUUUGAACGAUCCGAAGAAGGACGGGUCGGCCACGCCCAAAUGGGAUGACGAGUGGUUGAACAACAACAUCGAUGGGGUCCUUCUUGUUGCUGGCAACACCACUGCUCUCGUGAACGAGAAGCUCGAUCGUAUCACGAAAUUGUUUGGCGACUCAAUGAAGUUGGCUUUCAAGCACAGCGGUAAAGUGCGCCCGGGCGAACAGAAGGGGCAUGAACACUUCGGUUACAUGGAUGGUGUCUCCCAGCCUGUAGUUUCCGACCUUCCCAACCUCACAGAAGAGGAAUCAGCUGUGCCUCCAGGGCAGGACAAAAUUGCGCAAGGCGUGAUUCUUUGCGGCCGUCCAGGGGAUGUGAGCGCCGCAACCCGCCCAGCAUGGACAGUCGAUGGAAGCUUCCUCGCUUUUCGCAAGUUGAAGCAGAACGUACAAGAUUUCGACAACUUCCUACAGACAUCCGCCAAUUCCUUGGGUGUCUUCAAAGACCAACUCGGUGCGAGGUUGGUUGGACGAUGGAAGAGUGGAUGUCCCAUCAACCUUCAACCUGACUUUGAUGAUAUCAAGAUCGGAAAGGAUGCGAAGCAGAACAAUUUGUUCGAGUUCGAUACCGAUGGAAUCAACAUUGAGAAAAUCGGCCUUGGCGGUGUCCUCCCUGCCUCUAGACUAGUGUGCCCUAUCGGGGCUCACAUUCGCAAGACAAACCCAAGAGGAGAUCAGCCAGGAGGACGCGCCGCUGUCCACCAGCACCGUAUUCUCCGAGCCGGAAUCCCAUACGGCCCAGAGAUCAGCGAGGACGCAGGAGCCGAAAGAGGAUUGCUGUUCGCUUGCUACCAAAGCAAUCUUAACCAAGGCUUCACUUUCAUCCAGCAGAGAUGGGCCAAUAACGAGGCGUUCCGCUUCCAGGGCGGAGGUGUUGAUGCCGUUAUGGGUCAAGUUAAUGACAAGGCCGAAGUUGACAUGCUUGGCCUCUUCCCGCAAGACGCAAGCCGUCCGUUGAAGUUGCCAGGUAUCAAUCGCUUUGUAGUUCCCAAGGGAGGAGAGUACUUCUUCUCACCGAGUAUGAAGGCUCUCACAGGAGUCUUGUCUGAGGUGAAAGCUGCAGCCGCUAACGGAACCAAUGGUACUAAUGGCCACAAGGAGCUUUGA